AAACCGACUAUCACGCAUUGUCUGGUACGUAGAGCCAAAAGGAACAAUGCCCUCUGUUUUAGUGUUUUUUUAGUUUCAAUCCUUUCCCCAAACUACAAUAGUCCACACGCUAUACUCGCAAGAUAACCACUAGAGACUUCUCUCCUCUUCUUACACACAUCUUACAUAGAUAGAACCCAAAAAAAAAAAAAAGAAGGCUUCAACAUUUUCUUUCCUCUGCUGCAAAUUCCAAUUCUCUGGAUCUUUAAAAGAAAUUCUGAAUCUUGGGUUUGAGUUCUAGACUCUCGCUUUGAUAUGGUGGCUAUGUUCCAAGAAGACAAUGGAACAUCCUCUGUAGCUUCAUCACCGCUCCAAGUCUUCUCAACCAUGUCACUCACAAGACCAACUCUCCUCCCUUCUCCCUCCUCAUCACCGUUUCACUCCCUCAAAGACCUCAAACCAGAGGAGCGUGGUCUCUACCUGAUCCACCUCCUGCUAACCUGCGCCAACCACGUGGCCUCAGGCAGCCUCCAGAACGCAAACGCGGCUCUCGAGCAGCUCUCUCUUCUCUCUUCCCCUGACGGAGACACCAUGCAGCGUGUAGCAGCUUACUUCACCGAAGCGCUCGCCAACAGAAUCCUCAAGUCUUGGCCUGGUCUCUACAAGGCCCUUAACGCAACUCAGACAAGAACCAGCAAUGUCUCCGAGGAGGUUCAUGUCAGGAGGUUGUUCUUUGAUAUGUUCCCUAUACUAAAAGUGUCUUACUUGCUCACUAACCGAGCUAUACUCGAGGCUAUGGAAGGUGAGAAGAUGGUUCAUGUGAUUGAUCUCGACGCUUCGGAGCCGGCUCAAUGGCUUGCUUUGAUUCAAGCUUUUAACUCUAGGCCUGAAGGUCCACCGCAUCUGAGAAUCACCGGCGUUCACCACCAGAAGGAAGUGCUUGAUCAAAUGGCUCACAGACUAAUCGAGGAGGCAGAGAAACUCGAUAUCCCGUUUCAGUUUAACCCCGUUGUGAGUAGCUUACAGUGCUUAAACGUGGAGCAGUUGCGUGUUAAGACAGGAGAGGCCUUAGCUGUAAGCUCGGUUCUUCAGUUGCAUAACCUCUUGGCCUCUGAUGUGACCAGCAACAAUGGACACAGCCUGAGCGGCGACUCGGCCUCAUCUUUGCCUCUUUCUAAUUCAGGAAAGAUCGAUAGUUUCCUCAAUGCAAUAUGGGGUUUGUCUCCCAAGAUCAUGGUGGUCACUGAGCAAGACUCAGACCACAACGGCUCCACGGUGAUGGAGAGACUGUUGGAAUCACUCUACACCUACGCAGCUUUGUUUGAUUGCUUGGAGACGAAAGUUCCAAGAACGUCUCAAGACAGGAUGAAAGUGGAGAAGAUGCUUUUCGGAGAGGAGAUCAAGAACAUCAUAGCGUGUGAAGGGUCUGAGAGAAGAGAAAGACAUGAGAAGCUGGAGAAAUGGAGCCAGAGGAUUGAUUUGGCUGGUUUUGGGAAUGUUCCUCUUAGCUAUUAUGCCAUGUUGCAGGCUAGGAGGUUGCUUCAAGGGUAUGGUUUUGAUGGGUAUAGGAUCAAAGAAGAGAGUGGGUGUGCAGUGAUUUGCUGGCAAGAUAGACCUCUAUACUCAGUUUCAGCUUGGAGAUGCAGGAAGUGAAUGGUAUAAUAAACACUUGUGACUUAUGUAUUUUCUUCUUUUUUUUUAUGAGCAGGGACACAAUCUUACUUGUCUCUUGACUGUGACUUCUGUCUCGUUUUCCUUGUUUUGGCAAAUGCUUCUUGCUGCCUUCUGCAUAUAAAAUGCCUUUUGAGUUUCCAGCACUG